GAGACAACCCCGUGACCGAAGGAAAGCAGGAGGGGGUCGACUAGCGACAGGAUGAAGGUGCGCAGGUGUGAUUGGGGGAAGAGCACUGCACUAAACCUGUUACAACAGAAAGCUCUUAUCAUAGUUCCUAUUUAGUCAAUCCACUGCAUGCCUAACGACAACGACAGUGAAGUGACGGGUGUACAGGAAGGAGGGAGAGAUGAGGAGGUUGCUACGCAACGUACGUACGUGGUUACCCCAUCCACGUCAGAACGCCAUGCCCCUCGAGCGUCAACAAGGCUCACCCCAGAUAGCAUGGAAACCGUUUUUAAAACGUUUACAUGCUAUCUGGGACGUCAACAACCAACGUGGAUGAGGAGCGAGGACUUCGUUCUUCGCCAGCAGCAAACACUAGACGAUUACAGCUUGAAGUGUGAUAACAUGAAAAUGCUACUGAGCAAGCUAUCCUCAGAAAAACUGUGGUGACCAUGCUCAUUGAGGCUGUUAUGAACACAACAUGACCAUAGCAACAAAAUAUGUUUAUAACAUCCCCAUGACCGAAGGAGUCGACUGGCGACAGGAUGAAGGUGCGCGGGUGUGAUUGGAGGAAGAGCACUGCACUAAACCGGUUACACCAGGAAGCUCUUAUCAUAGCCCCUAUUUAGUCAACCCUUGACUACGCCUUCACGCUUUGGGUUUCCUUUUCCUCCGGGAUUUCUCUUGCAAGUGUCUAAAGGAGAUAAACUACCCACACCACAACAUAGAUCAUUCGCUGAGGCCUCGUAGUCACCAAUUGCCAGUACUUUAUUUGCAAGAGAUUCUCCUCAUAUUUCUGUGCCUACUUGUCAUGGCAAGUGGAGGCUUAAAAGAUGCACCAGAGGUGAUAACAGUCUCUGAUGCUAAUACACAGUUUGGUUUGGAGCUUUUUCGUAAAUGUGGAGCAGACAGAAAAGAUGAAAAUCUCUUUCUGGCACCAUUUAGUAUCAGCACAGCACUGGCAAUGACACAGCUGGGUGCAGGUGGGGCUACUGCUGCAGAGAUUGCAAAGGCCUUAAAAUGGCCUUCACAAGAGAGGCCUUUGAAGGGUUUUGGCACCUAUUUGUCACUUAUGUCAUCAGCUGCUGAGGUGCCUAAGGGAAAUAGCUAUGUGCUAUUAGGGGCACAACGUAUUUUUGUCAGCCAGUCUAUGACACUGAAGCAGAAGUUUAAUUCAGAUGCCCAGAAGUACUUUGGCGCAGAUGCCAAGACAGCAGACUUCCAAUCAAAUGCUGAGAAAGAACGUGAGAGCAUCAACACAUGGGUAUCAGAGAAGACCCAGGGCAAAAUCAAGGAUUUGCUGGCUGCUGGCUCACUCGACUCACUCACAGCCAUGGUGCUAGUUCAGGCCACGUACUUCAAAGGAUUCUGGCUGGACAAGUUUGACCCUAGGAGGACAGUGAAAAGUUACUUCAAAGGCACCAAAGGUAAAGUGGAAGUGGACAUGAUGAGUCAAGAAACAAAGUUUCCGUAUGCUCGCUGCAAACGGCUGUCAUGUUCUGCUGUUGAACUUCCAUAUGCCAGAGGAGAUGGGUCUGAUCACUAUGACCUCAGCAUGCUCAUUCUGUUGCCUGAUGAGGAUGAUGGCUUGGCAGCUCUGGAGGCAAGCUUGACAGCAAGUGAUCUGGCAAAACUAAGGAGCUCAAUGACAGCAAGAGACGAAGUAAACUUGCAGUUGCCACGCUUUUCCAUGGAAAGCAGUCUGAAUUUGAAGGAGGUGUUGAUCAGUCUGGGUAUGGUGAAUGCCUUUUCUAAGAAGAAUGCUGACUUCACAGGCUUGAUGGAGCAGCUAAGUGAAGACCUGUACCUUUCAGAAGUCUAUCAUAAGCCAGUACUUUAUUUGCAGGAGAUUCUCCUCAUAUUUCUGUGCCUACUUGUCAUGGCAACUGGAGGCUUAAAAGAUGUACCAGAGGUGAGAGCAGUCUCUGAUGCCAAUACACAGUUUGGUUUGGAGCUUUUUCGUAAAUGUGGGGCAGACAGAAAAGAUGAAAAUCUCUUUCUGGCACCAUUUAGUAUCAGCACAGCACUGGCAAUGACACAGCUGGGUGCAGGUGGGGCCACUGCUGCAGAGAUGGCAAAGGCCUUAAAAUGGCCUUCACAAGAGAGGCCCCUGAAGGGUUUUGGCAGCUAUUUGUCACUUAUGUCAUCAGAUGUGAAGGCACAUCAGCGAAAUAGCUAUGUGCUAUUUGGGGCACAACGUAUUUUUGUCAGACAGCCUCUGACACUGAAGCAGCAGUUUAAUUCAGAUGCCCAGCAGUACUUUGGCGUAGAUGCCAAGACAGCAGACUUCCAAUCAAAUGCUGAGACAGAACGUGAGAACAUCAACACAUGGGUAUCAGAGAAGACCCAGGGUAAAAUCAAGGAUUUGCUGCCUGCUGGCUCACUCGACUCACUCACAGCUAUGGUGUUAGUUCAGGCCACGUACUUCAAAGGAUUUUGGCUGGACAAGUUUGACCCUAGGAGGACAGUGAAAAGUUACUUCAAAGGAACUAAAGGUAAAGUGGAAGUGGACAUGAUGAGACAACAAGCAAAAUUUCCUUAUGCUCGAUUUGAACGGCUGUCAUGUUCUGCUGUUGAACUACCAUAUACCAGAGGAGAUGGGUCUGAUCGCUAUGACCUCAGCAUGCUCAUUCUGUUGCCUGAUGAAGAUCAUGGUUUGGCAGCUCUGGAGGCAAGCUUGACAGCAAGUGAUCUGGCUAAGCUAAGGAGAUCAAUGACAAGAAGCAAAGUAAACUUGCAGUUGCCACGUUUUUCCAUUGAAAGCAGUUUGAAAUUGAAGGAGGUGUUGAUCAGUCUGGGUAUGGUGAAUGCAUUUUCUGAGAAGAAUGCUGACUUCACAUGCUUGGUGGAGCAGCUAAGUGAAGACCUGUACCUUUCAGAAGUUAAUCAUAAGGCUUUUGUGGAAGUAAAUGAAGAAGGAACAGAAGCCGCUGCAGCAACAUUAGCUCCUGAAGUGCGGUGCUACGUGCCUAUUAUCCCUUUUGUGGUUGAUCAUCCAUUUCUCUUCUUUAUCAUCGACCGAAGAGCUGACAUUGUUCUGUUCAUGGGCCGCCUAGUUAAUCCUGCUCAUUCUAAAAGGGCUGGGAAUCAGGAACUGUGAAUGUGUGAAUAAAAACAUUCAUUUUCAUGCUUAAACAGAAAAAUUAUCACAUCUUUAUUCAAUUCUUAUCAUUGUGAAAGAUAACUCCAUGUUGUUAAUGUGAU